CUAAAAACAUGACGACGACAGUCCCAAUAUGCACCUCUCUGUAGUCACAACAGUUUGGAUCGUAAGUUUAGUCUUUGUUCAAUGCGUUAUCUCCUCGGAUCACGAUCACUGCCUUCAAUCAGUAUGUAUCUGUGAACGAACCAGACUGAUGUGUAAUCCACAUCACCUGGGAGAAGAACACUUAGAGAUGCUCCACGAGAUACCACAUCCUCUGCACGAGCAGCAGCUACCAGCGUUUGAAGAGGCAGAUUUCAGAUACAAUGAAAUUCAUGCUGUUGAGACGAACUCGUUUCAAGGUCUUCAUAAUCUGAAUACAUUGUGGCUUUCACACAAUGAAGUGUCCGAAUUAGGCUCACAUGCAUUCAGCGGUGCCACAUCAUUACAGACUAUAGACUUAUCUUACAACAGAUUGGAGACAAUAACAACUGAGGUGUUUUCUUCUGACCCCCAUUUGCAAAAUCUACACAUCAUUGAUCUCUCUCAUAAUGACAUCACAUCUCUCGAGCCACAUUCGUUUAACGCCAUUCCCAGUCUAAAACAACUGUAUCUUCAUAAUAACCCGCUAACUCAAAUGAAUGGCGAAUCCUUUACUCACUGUAGAUUGCUCAACACGCUAUUCAUUGAUGAAAUUACUAAAGACUGCACGUGUGAAUGGUUAGAAACGAUUAAAAACUUGAAGGCACGAAACAUUGAUAUCAUGGAUGAGGACCAUAUGAUGACCAACUGCAUCGAGAAGUGGAGAGUCGAUUGCGAUGUGUCGCAUAUUCAUCGAAUCACUCUGGAAGAUCUUCGCCAUCGUGCCCCCCAUACCCACGAAAUCACCAUGGAUGAUAUACAACCUCCCGUUGUUAAGGGCAACGGGACUCUGGUCUUGACCGAUGGAUCCGAGUAUCAACUAAACACUGUCGAAGGCAGGGCGGCGCUAUACAAGUACGACCAUGAAAUGCAAGAAAAAAUCGGGCAGAUAGAAGACGAAAAAAAACGGAAAUCUUUCCAGGAUAUGUUCAAGCAUGCAAUGACCGACUUCGUCAAACUUCAUUACGACUUGAACGGCGGCGUUGAUGGAACGGGCGAAAACAUAACAUUAUCCGAUCACUCGCCACACGACUGGAAGACACUCUUGAAGAACAAACCUUUCCCAACGGUGAAGCCAACGAGGAAAAAGACAGGCAUGCCUACCGGCUUCAUUUGGUUGAUACUGGCGGGAAUAGGCUGCGGAUUGCUGGUCAUGGUUCUCGUAGGGUUGCAGCAAGUUGAAUGGGUUGACCACUCUAUAAAAGAUCCAGAGAAGGAGAAACGAAAGAAAGAAAAGAGGAAGAAGAGAUGCUGUGGGUGGUUUGGGACCAUAACAGAAAAACUGAAUGUUCGUAAGAAGUUUGUGAAGGGCACAUCGGAGAAAAAGCAUGCCAAACAGAAGUUUGCCAAAUCUUCCCAAAACAACUUUGUUGUUCUGCAUGGACAGGCGAAAAAGACGAUGGAUCGAAUAAACGAUGGGCAACAUCCACCAUCCCAAGACUUUGGUCGCUACACUACGCCGUCCAAUCAUAUCGUACCGCCGCAACAAGCUCCGCCCAACUCAGACCAGUUCAGUCAUCCACCCAAUCACGGUCCACCGCCUGCUCCUCCAGUCCCGCCCACCCACGGUCCCCGAAGAUCGUCAGUGGACGAAGGUGUGCGCAGCAUGGUGACGUCACAGCGUAAUAAGAUGACUGGAGGACAAGCAACGCCUUCUGACGGGUCAACGUACUACUUUGAUAAUUUUUACACGGAUAGCGACGACGAUGACGAUCUCAAUGACGAGGAGACGGACCUGUUUCGCAGGUGACAAUACGGCGAAGUCAAAGAGCGUCAACAUAUAUCAACAAGUUUACUAGUUUGACUUAUUGAAUUCCGUAAAGUAGUGACUGUGGCGUAUGUACAGGGGUAAGGGGCACCUAGCUACCCUCAUCCCAAUCGCGAAAAUAU